GCUUUUCCGAGAAUUGUCCCACAAGGCACAUCCUAAUCCAGAGUCUAUGCUUCUGAGUAAUGUACUCACAGACAGCAUGCCGAGGAUGGUACAGCCACAACGAAACUCUGCUAGAGCAUGGAGCAGGCUGGAAAAUCAAAAAACACACCUGAAAAAUCUUCGUCUGCAAUACCAGCUCUAUCUUCUUCUGAACAGCCAUAUUCUCAGCCUUUUAAAGAAUGAAACAGGACUAACCAUCUUCUUCCUGUGUACUUAUUUACCAAAGACAGCAGCUGGUCAUUGCAAGUGGGCAGAAGUUCUAAAAGAUYUGGAGCAGAUCAAAACAUCUGAUGACAUUGAUGUCAGUUUAUAUACUGCAAGCGCAGAUGAGGAUAAAGAAUGUCAAGAACUUGUAAUGAGAUGCUACUUCUUAGAAAUGAAAGUGAUUCUUCAUGAAUGUUAUAUAACAAAUUGUAGAAAAACACAAGAUGUAUUCAACAUUUUGAAAAAUGGAAACGCAAGCUUUGAAAAUAAGCAGGUAAAUUCCACAACAUCAAAAAAAUGCAAAGAAUGUGAGGAAUAUGAAGAAAAAAAUUUUAAAGAAUUUAUACAGAAUUUUUUAAAGGUUAUACAGAGGGAAUGCAAACAGUACCCUGACUAACAUGCUGGAAACCAAGAGAAUUCAAAGAAUCUGCCUCAGAGAAUUCUCACCAACAAUAAAMUAAAAAGUUUAUUUAUUUAUCGUCCAUACAAUUUUAAAUUCUACAUAUGUUGCACAAUGGACAAAGAAGAAUAAAAUUAUGAACAUAAUGGAUUUGUAACCGGAUAUACAGAAACACU